AAGUUUUUUCGGAAGUCCUGAGAUAUCCCUCCAAGUCCAAUUAGUAAUUUGUUGGUUUGUGUGAUGCACUCGACCCAAAAUGGACACCGUACCAUGAGGCCGCGAGUACCAAAACCCUAGUCCCCCGAUCCCUCUACGCUAUGGCCGUCGCCCCCUACACGCUCCGCCUCUCCCUGCCGCCGCGGCACGACGCCCCGCUCCACCCCCAGCUCCGGCCUCAGCUCCGCCGCCGCGCGGCGUCGAAGUUGGCGGCCAGCUGGGCGCCUGCCGGCGGCGACGCGGACGACGGGGUGGGCGGCUGGUGGCUCCCCGAGCAGCCGGUGGAACAGGGGAACAGGCCCGGGUUUGGGAGAGCUAUCGCGGUUGGGCUGGGAGCUUCUGCAGCGAUCGGCUUGGCUGGGCUGGCGUGGCACUCGCCAUCCUCCAUGAAGUGUUUACAGCCACUCAUUGUUGCCCCAUUACAUUAUGUUCAAGAGAAAUUGUCAUCAUUGGAGUCAACAGAGACACCCAAGGAGGAUGCCAAUGACAGAGAACCUGGUGAAAGUGAAGUUUCCAGCACAACACUGGAUGAGAAGGCUGAAGCAAUAACUGAUGACUCAAGGCAAAAUCACAGAACAGCUGUUGGCAGCCAUGUUUCAUUUAGAAUUCCUAUAGAUCCUGUACACAAGGAGGCUUUCUCUAUAUUGAAGAAGCUACAGAUACUUGAGAAAGAUGUUAGCCCCAGUGAUUUUUGUACUCGGAGGGAAUAUGCAAGAUGGUUUGUUAAGUUAUGCUCAAAGUUUGAGAGAAAAAGGACGCAAAGGAUCGUUCCUGAUAAGUUAACAUCUGCCUCAGUCCAAAGUGCCUUUGAUGAUGUCAAUUUUGAUGACCCAGAUUUCUUGUAUAUCCAAUCUUUAGCUGAAUCUGGUAUUGUACUUAGUAAGCUGUCAAACUCCUUGGAAACAUCGACAAAUGGCUCUCCUAGUUGCAAGGGAAAUUCCAUGUUCCUACCUGAUAGUUAUCUCUCUCGUUUCGAUCUUGUCAACUGGAAAGUGCUUGUGGAGCAUCCAUGUACAUUACAAAUAGACCAAAAGAUGCUGAGUCAAAAUGUUCGCAUUUUGGAUUUGCGUGCUUGCCCAGAUGUGUCUUCGUCCAUGCUCAUAGAGCUGAUGGCCGGCGAAAAUAGCAUCGUAAAUAGAGUUUUCGGAAAUACUAGACGCCUUCAACCGCACAAACCUGUAACAAAAGCACAAGCAGCUGCUGCACUGACCUGUGGUCGAAUGGAGGAAGCAAUUCGUGAUGAAUUAAGCAGACUAGAAGUAGAAAAUCAAGCCCACCUUUCUGCUAUAGCUGAAAUAAUGGAAGAGUUAAUUAGUAGAGGAGAUAUACAACAACGAUGGGAGGAGAAGAUGAAAAAGGAGCAAGAACGGGCUUUAGAAGCUGACAAGGACCUUCAACAUGUUUUGCAUGAGCUUGCAAAUGAGAGGACAGAUAGAGAAAGGGAACUAGCAGACCUAUCGAAGGAAACCGCAGCUUUAGAGCACCAGAAUCAGGAACUCAUAAGUUUAAGGUCAGAAGUUGAUGGCAUGCAUGAUAGACUAGCAACUGAGAGUGCAGAUGUCAUGGUUGACCAGAAAACUUUGGAAAACCUGUUGUCUGACAUGACCAGCAAGCAUCAAGCUGUCAAUGAAGCUAAAUCAUAUCUUGAAGCUGAGAAGGAAGCUCUUACAAUGCUAAGGUCUUGGGUGGAAGAGGAAGCAGCGCGUGUCCAUGAACGAGCUGAGACACUUGAGAAGGCUGUAAGAAGGUGGCGAAUCCCAGUGGAUUGAGCCCUGCAAACUAAAUAGGCGUUGCAUCGGUGUAUCGUUAAGGACUUGCUCAAAUUGUUUGCAUGUCUUUGGUUUCAGCACCUCUGCUGUCAGAUUUGAAUAAUUCUCAGUACUAUAUAAUGGUCGCCACCUCUUGUUAUCUGA